AUGCCCUCUCAGAUUGAGGACACACAGACCUACGCCCCCAGCGCCCCAACACAGAUUCCUCCCUGCUACCCUCUAUUGUGUUUCCCCAACAGCAUGCCAUAUGUCCCUCCAGACCUGUGCAUCUGUAACUUUGUGCUGGAGCAUUCUCUCUCUGUGCGGGCCCUGCAGGAGAUGCUGGCUAAGACUGGCCAGAACAGUGAGGGGGCGGCCCAAGGGGGUGGACACAGGACACUUCUGUAUGGACACGCUAUCCUCCUGAGGCACUCCUUCAGCGCUAUGGUGAGGUAUCUGACCUGUUUAAAGACAUCAAGGUCACAGACAGAUAAGCUGUCCUUUGAUGUGGGGCUGCAGGAGGACUCAACAGGUGAAGCCUGUUGGUGGACCAUCCAUCCUGCCUCCAAACAGAGGUCAGAGGGCGAGAAAGUGCGCAUCGGUGAUGACCUCAUCCUCGUCAGCGUGUCAUCAGAACGAUACCUUCACCUGUCCAUCUCCAAUGGCAACAUCCAGGUGGACGCAUCCUUCAUGCAGACUCUGUGGAAUGUCCACCCCACCUGCUCAGGCAGCAACGUGGAGGAGGGUUAUCUGCUGGGUGGCCAUGUGUUGCGUCUGUUCCACGGUCAUGAUGAAGUUCUGACCAUCCCAGGUUCCGACCAGAGUGAUGAGCAACAGAGGAUAGUGAACUAUGAGACGGGGAAUGCAGGAGCCAAGGCCAGGUCUCUGUGGAGGCUGGAGCCUCUGAGAAUCAGCUGGAGCGGGAGUCACAUUCCCUGGGGCCAGCCCUUCCGUCUCCGCCACCUCACCACGGGGCACUACCUGUCCCUGACGGAGGAGAGGGGGGUGGUGCUGCAGGACCGGGAGAAGUCUGACACUUCCUCCACCGCCUUCUGCUUCAGAGCCUCCAAGGAAAAGCUGGAGUCGAGCCCUAAGCGGGACAUCGAGGGCAUGGGGAUGGCAGAGAUUAAGUAUGGGGACUCAAUCUGCUUCGUCAUGCAUGUGGCUACAGGACUCUGGCUGUCCUACCAGGCGCCUGAUGUAAAAUCAUCUCGCCUGGGCCCUCUCAAGAGACGGGCCUGCCUCCACUCUGAGGGUCAUAUGGAUGAUGGGCUGACCUUGCAGCGGUGUCAGCACGAAGAGUCKCGUGCUGCUCGCAUCAUCCGUAACACCACCCGCCUCUUCAGUCACUUCAUCAGAGACCUGGACUGUCUGGGGGGAAAGAACCGUGCGUCAGUAGCCCUGCCCAUCGAGGAGGUCCUCCAGACCCUCAAUGACCUCAUCACCUACUUCCAGGUGCCUAAUGCUGAGCUGGAGCACGAGGAGAAACAGAUCAUGCUGCGCUCUCUCAAGAACCGACAGAACCUCUUCAAACAGGAAGGCAUGCUGACUCUGGUGUCCUGCUGCAUCGACCGUCUCAACGUGUACAACAGUGCAGCCCACUUUGGGGAGUGUGCCGGGGCAGAGGCUGGGGCUUCCUGGAAGGAAAUCCUCAACCUGCUCUAUGAGCUGCUAGCGGCGCUGAUCCGAGGCAACAGGAACAACUGCACCCAGUUCUCCAACAACCUGGACUGGCUGGUCAGCAAGUUGGAGAGACUGGAGUCCUCCUCAGGCAUACUGGAGGUUCUCCACUGCAUUCUAAUUGAGAGCCCGGAGGCUCUAAAUAUCAUCCAGAGAGGACAUAUCAAGUCCAUCAUCUCCCUGCUCUACAAACAUGGACGCAACCACAAGAUUUUGGAUGUUCUCUGUUCCCUGUGUGUGUGUAAUGGGGUGGCAGUACGAGCCAAUCAGAACCUCAUCUGCGAUCACCUGCUCCCCAAAAGAGAUCUGCUUCUCCAGACCCGAUUGGUCAAUGAUGUUCAAAGCAUGAGGCCCAACAUCUUCCUGGGAGUGAGUGAGGGCUCGGCCCAGUAUAAGAAGUGGUACUACGAGCUGAUGAUUGACCAGGUGGACCACUUCUUGACCAGCGACCCCUCUCACCUGCGUGUGGGCUGGGCCACCAACAAGGGUUACGCCCCUUACCCUGGUGGAGGGGAGGGCUGGGGGGGCAACGGGGUGGGGGACGACCUCUACUCUUAUGGCUUUGACGGACUUCAUCUCUGGUCAGGUCGUAUCUCCCGGGCGGUGGCUUCUAUUAACCAACACAUCCUGACCUCUGAGGAUGUGGUGAGCUGUUGUCUGGACCUGGGAGCUCCCAGCAUCUCCUUCAGGAUCAAUGGACAGCCCGUACAGGGCAUGUUCGAGAACUUCAACAUCGAUGGACUCUUCUUCCCUGUUGUCAGCUUCUCUGCUGGCGUCAAGGUGCGUUUCCUGUUGGGUGGUCGUCAUGGCGACUUCAAGUUCCUGCCUCCGUCAGGCUACGCUCCGUGUUACGAGGCCCUGCUCCCUAAGGAGAAGAUGAAGGUGGAGCCAGUGAAGGAGUACAAGAGGGACAUGGAGGGGGUCCGAGACCUGCUGGGGACCACACAGUUCAUGUCCCAGGCCUCCUUCAUACCCACCCCUGUGGAGACCAGCCAGAUCGUCAUGCCGCCAUACCUGGAGAAGGUCCGGGACAGACUGGCUGAGAAUAUCCACGAGCUGUGGGGCAUGAACAAGAUAGAACUGGGCUGGUCUUAUGGGAAGAUAAGGGACGAUAAUAAGCGACAUCACCCCUGCCUUGUGGAUUUUUCCAAACUACCUGAAACAGAAAAGAAUUACAACCUGCAGAUGUCAACUGAAACCUUGAAGACCCUGCUGGCAUUAGGCUGCCAUGUUGUCCAGGUCAACACCAACGCUGAAGAGGACCUGAAGAAGAUCAAACUCCCAAAAAACUACAUGAUGUCGAAUGGUUACAAGCCCACACCGCUGGAGCUGUCUGACGUGAAAGUGACCCCAGGUCAGGAGCUCCUGGUGGAGAAACUGGCGGAGAACGCCCACAACGUGUGGGCCAAGGACAGGAUCAAACAGGGUUGGACCUAUGGCAUUCAGCAGGAUGUGAAGAGUAAGAGGAACCCUCGCCUGGUGCCAUAUUCUUUUUUAGACGAGCGCACUAAGAAGUCCAACAGGGAUAGCCUCCGUGAAGCCAUCCGCACUCUGAUUGGAUACGGAUACAACAUCGAACCUCCCGACCAGGAUGGCGCAGGCCACGUGGUGGAGAGACUGAGCAUCGACAAAAUACGCUUCUUCCGCGUGGAGAGAACGUAUGCGGUGCUGACAGGGAAGUGGUACUUUGAGUUUGAGGCGGUGACGGGAGGUGACAUGCGUGUGGGCUGGGCCAGACCUGGAUGUAAGCCUGAUGUAGAGCUGGGUACUGAUGAGCUGGCCUUCGUCUUCGAUGGAUACAAGGGUCACCGUCUGAACAUGGCAGCCGUGUUCUUUGGGCGUGUUGGCAGCGGGGAUGUGGUGGGCUGCAUGAUCAACAUGGAGGACAAGUCUAUGAUUUUUCCCUCAAUGAGAGAGAUCCUCAUCACCAACAAGGGCUCCGAGCUCUGCUUCGCCGACUCGAGACGGAGGACGGUAAUGUAUGAGACUGAAGAUGGUUUUAUCCCAGUAUGUAGUCUGGGCCUGUCCCAGGUGGGUCGUAUGAUGGGGAAGGAUGCCAGUACCUUUAAGUACUACACCAUGUGUGUGGUCUCCAGGAGGUUUGAACCCUUUGCUGUCAACAUGAACCGUGAGGUCACCAUGUGGUUCAGCAAACGCCUCCCCACCUUUUUCAAUGUGCCAAAGAACAACAACCACAUAAUGGUGACCAGAAUAGAUGGCACCAUCGACAGCCCUCCCUGUCUGAAGGUGAGUCACAGGACUUUUGGGACCCAGAACAGUAAUGGUGACAUGGUAUACUGUCGUCUGAGCAUGCCCGUGGAGUUCCACCCCUUCUUCAAGACCAGCCCUGUCAUGGACAUGAACGGAAUCAAGCUAACCUGCCACUAUGUUGUCUUUUAGUACUACUACUCUGUCAGGGUAUUCGCUGGUCAGGAUCCAUCCUGCGUGUGGGUGGGCUGGGUCACCCCUGACUACCAUUACUAUAGCAACCACUUCAACCUCAGUAAGAACCGGACGGUGACAGUUACCCUUGGAGACGAGCGUGGGCGGGUCCACGAGAGUGUGAGGAGGAGUAACUGCUACAUGGUGUGGGGAGGGGAUGCCACCAGCUCAGGCCACUCGUCCAGUCGCAGUAAUGUGGACCUGGAGAUAGGCUGCCUCAUUGACCUAGCCACUGGUCUGGUGACCUUCACUGUCAACGGCAAGGAGCUGGCCACCUCCUACCAGGUGGAACCCAACACAAAGCUGUUUCCUGCUGUGUUUGUGCGACCGACCAGCCCCAAUCUCUUCCAGUUUGAGCUGGCCAAGAUAAAGAACACCAUGCCUCUGUCGGCGGCCAUCUUUAAGAGUGAGCAUAAGAACCCAGUGUCUCAGUGCCCUCCGAGGCUGGACGUCCAGACCAUCAACUCAGUGCUGUGGAGCCGCAUGCCCAACACCUUCCUAAAGGUGGAGACAGCCAGGGUCAGUGAGAGACACGGCUGGGUGGUGCAGUGUCUGGAGCCCCUCCAGAUGCUGGCUGUGCACAUACCUGAGGAGAACAGGUGUGUUGACAUCAUGGAGCUGUCUGAGCAGGAGGACCUGAGGACGUUCCACUACCACACCCUGAAGCUCUACUGUGCCCUGUGUGCACUGGGCAAUACCCGUGUAGCACACGCCCUCUGCAGCCACCUAGACCAAUCCCAGCUGCUCUACACCAUCGACAACCAAUAUCUGUCAGGCAUGCUGCGUGAGGGCUUCUACAACGUCCUGAUCAGUGUUCAUCUGGAGACGGCCAAGGAGGCCCGCCUCAUGAUGAACAACGAGUUCAUCAUCCCCGUCACUGCCGAGACUCGCAGCAUCCGCCUGUUCUCCGAUGCCUCCAAGCACCACUCUCCUCCCGGGGUGGGCCUCAGUACCUCCCUGAAGCCCCGGCUCAACUUCUACCCUCCCUGUUUCAUCAGCACCAAGAGGGAGCAGCAUCUGUACAGCCCCCAGAUCCCACUGGAUGCCCUGAAGGAGAAGGCCAUCACCAUGCUGACCGAGGCCGUGCARGGCGGUGGGCAUCACAUCAGAGACCCUGUAGGGGGCAGCGUAGAGUACCAGUUUGUGCCUAUCCUGAGGCUGAUUGGCACGCUGCUCACCAUGGGCGUGCUGGGCAGUCAGGACGUUCAUAAGAUCCUGCUGCUCAUCGACCCCAACGUGUUUGUGGAGCAUAGCGAGGAGGCCGUCGCCGUGGUGAUGGAGGCCACAGAGAAGGAGGGGCUGACGGGCACCGAGGAGAAGGCGGUGGAGGCCGGGGAGGAGGAGGCUGCCAAAGAGGCCAAGCAGCCAAUCAAAGGUCUGCUGGAGAAGAGGCUGCCUGAGCCAGUCAAACGACAGAUGUGUGAGCUGCUUCACUACUUCUGUGACUGUGAGCUGAAGCAUCGCAUCGAGGCCAUCGUGUCUUUCUCAGACAGCUUUGUCUCCAAGCUACAGUACAACCAGAAGUUCAGGUACAACGAGCUGAUGCUGGCCCUCAACAUGUCUGCUGCCGUCACCGCCAAGAAGACCAAGGAGUUCCGCUCCCCUCCCCAAGAACAGAUUAACAUGCUGUUGAACUUCAGUACGGGGGAGGACUGCCCGUGUCCAGAGGACAUUCAGGAGGAGCUCUAUGCCUUCCACAACGAGCUGCGGCUGCACUGUGGAAUCCCUAUGGAGGAGGAGGAUGAGGAGCAGGACACGUCUAUUAAAGGUCGUCUGCUGGCCCUGGUCUACAAGAUCAAAGGUCAACCUCUGAAGACUGAAGAGGAGCCCACAGAGCAGGAACAACAAGCCCCCUCCAACCUGAAGGAGUUGAUCUCCCAGACCAUGGUGAGCUGGGCUCAGGAGUGCCACGUCCAGGACCCCGAGCUGGUCAGAGUGAUGUUCAGCCUGCUGAGGAGACAGUACGACAGCAUUGGAGAGCUGCUCCGGGCCAUGAGGAAGAGCUACACUAUCAGUGCUGCCUCUAUACAGGACACCAUCAACCUGCUGGCCUCUCUGGGUCAGAUCAGAUCACUGCUGUCCGUACGCAUGGGCAAGGAGGAGGAGAAACUCAUGAUCGACGGUCUGGGUGACAUCAUGAACAACAAGAUAUUCUACCAGCAUCCCAACCUGAUGCGUGUUCUAGGCAUGCAUGAGACGGUGAUGGAGGUGAUGGUCAACGUGCUGGGAGGAGGCAAGUCCCAGGAGAUAGCGUUCCCCAAGAUGGUGGCCAGCUGCUGUCGCUUCCUGUGUUACUUCUGCAGGAUCAGUCGUCAGAACCAAAAGGCCAUGUUUGACCACCUCAGCUACCUUCUGGAGAACAGCAGCGUAGGCCUUGCAUCCCCAGCGAUGAGAGGCUCCACUCCUCUAGACGUGGCUGCCUCCUCUGUGAUGGACAACAACGGCCUGGCCUUGGCCCUGGAAGAGCCCGACCUGGACAAGGUGGUGACGUACCUAGCAGGCUGUGGGCUCCAGAGCUGUCCCAUGCUGCUGGACAAAGGUUACCCUGACAUCGGCUGGAACCCCAUUGAGGGUGAACGCUACCUCUCCUUCCUGCGCUUCGCUGUAUUUGUCAAUGGUGAGAGUGUGGAGGAGAACUCCAGUGUGGUGGUGAAGCUACUGAUCAGGCGUCCAGAGUGUUUUGGCCCGGCUCUGAGAGGAGAGGGGGGUAACGGGCUGCUGGCAGCCAUGACGGAGGCCAUCAAAAUCUCAGAUAACCCCGCUGUGGACUUGCCCUCCUCCGCCCAGGGGGUCAGCUCUGACGCGUCUGCUGAGGACGAUGAGGAGGAAGAGGUGGUGCAUAUGGGCAAUGCCAUCAUGUCCUUCUACUCUGCCCUCAUCGACCUACUGGGACGCUGUGCCCCAGAGAUGCACUUGAUCAACAAGGGUAAAGGGGAGGCCCUGCGUAUCCGUGCCAUCCUGCGCUCCCUAGUGCCCACUGAAGACCUGGUGGGCAUCAUCAGCAUACCCCUCAAAAUGCCUGUCGUCCACAAAGACGGCACUGUGACAGAGCCUGAUAUGGCAGCCAGUUUCUGCCCGGACCACAAGGCCCCCAUGGUGCUGUUCCUGGACCGGGUCUAUGGUAUUGAGGACCAAAGCUUCCUACUUCAGCUGCUGGACGUGGGCUUCCUGCCCGACCUGCAAGCCUCUGCUUCUCUGGACACGGAGGUACUCAGCACCACAGAGACAGCUCUGGCCAUGAACAGGUACAUCGGCUCUGCCAUGCUGCCCCUGCUCACCCGCUGUGCCCCCCACUUCGCUGGCACAGAGCACUACGCCGUGCUCAUCGACUCCACGCUGCACACCAUCUACAGGCUGUCCAAGGGCCGCUCUCUCACCAAGGCCCAGAGAGACGCUAUCGAGGAGUGUCUGCUGGCCGUCUGCAAGUACCUCCGUCCCUCCAUGCUGCAGCAUCUCCUGCGACGCCUCGUCUUUGACGUGCCCUUGCUGACAGAGUACUGCAAGAUGCCUCUCAGGGUCCUGACCAACCACUACGAGCAGAGCUGGAAGUACUACUGUCUGCCAUCAGGCUGGGGCAGCUACGGCAUGGCCUCAGACGAGGAGCUGCUCAUCAACAGAAGAAGUCUUCGGGGCGUCUUGGAUUCGCUCUCACAGAGGAAGUACGAUGCAGAUCUCUUUAAGAUGGCCAUGCCCUGUCUGAGUGCCAUAUCUGGGGCCUUACCGCCUGACUACAUAGACUCCACCAUCAGCACCACCCUGGAGAAGCCUGUGUCUGUGGACGCUCAGGGCAACUUCGACCCUAAACCCAUAAGCACAGCCAACAUAUCUCUUCCAGAGAAACUGGAACACGUUGCCAACAAAUAUGCUGAGCAUUCCCAUGACAAAUGGUCAGCAGAGAAGGUGAUGUUGGGAUGGAGGUAUGGGGACUGUAUAGAUGAGAAGGCCAAGACUCACCCUCUACUCAGGACCUACAAAGGUCUGACAGAGAAGGAGAAGGAUAUCUACAGGUGGCCGGUGAGGGAGACUCUAAAGAGCAUGCUGGCUAUGGGCUGGAACAUCGACAGGACCAAGGAUGGAGAGACCAUGUCCCUACGGGAGAGUGAGAAGAUGCGCAAGAUCUCCCAGUCCUCUUCUCAUGCUAACGGUUUCAACCCGACCCCAAUAGACACCAUCAAUGUGGUUCUGUCUAGAGAGUUACAGGGCAUGGUGGAGGUUGUGGCUGAGAAUUAUCACAACAUCUGGGCUAAGAAGAAAAAGAAUGACCUUGGAAUUAGAGGUGGGGCAACUCACCCUCUGCUGGUGCCCUAUGACACCCUGACCGCCAAAGAGAAGGCCCGGGACAAAGAGAAGGCCCAGGACCUGUUCCGCUUCCUGCAGAUCAACGGCUACGCCAUCACCAGAGGUCUGAAGGACAUGGAGCAGGACUCUUCCUCCAUGGAGAAGAGGUUUGCCUACAAGUUCCUCAAGAAGCUGCUGAAGUAUGUGAACUCAGCCCAGGAGUUCAUUGCCCACCUUGAGGCCAUGGCUACCAGUGGGAAGACAGACAAGUCGCCUCAUGAGCAAGAAAUCAAGUUUUUCGCCAAAGUCCUCCUCCCUCUGAUAGACCAGUACUUCAAGAACCACUGUCUCUACUUCCUGUCUUCUCCCAGUAAGAACCUGAGCAGCAGCGGCUACGCCUCUAAUAAGGAGAAGGAGAUGGUCACCAGCCUGUUCUGUAAACUGGCAGCUCUUGUCAGACACAGGAUUUCCCUAUUUGGGAGUGACUCCACCACCAUGGUGAGCGUUCUCCACAUCCUGGCCCACACACUGGACACCAGGACGGUGAUGAAGUCUGGCUCAGAGCUGGUGAAGGCGGGGUUAAGGACGUUCUUCGAGAACGCAGCGGAGGACCUGGAGAAGACCCUUGAGAACCUGAAGUUGGGGAAGUUCACCCACUCCCGCUCACAGAUGAAGGGCGUGUCCCAGAACAUCAACUACACCACGGUGGCACUACUGCCCAUCCUCACUGCCCUGUUUGAACACAUCACCCAGCACCACUUUGGAGUGGACCUGCUCUUGGAUGAUGUCCAAGUGUCCUGCUAUCGUAUCCUGACCAGCCUCUAUGCGCUCGGGACUGGGAAAAACAUCUAUGUGGAAAGGCAGCUGCCGGCCCUGGGGGAGUGUCUGGCCACCCUGGCAGGGGCCAUGCCUGUGGCCUUCCUGGAGCCCCUGCUCAACAAACACAACCCCUGCUCUGUGUUCAACACCAAGACCGCCAGAGAACGCGCCAUCCUGGGCAUGCCAGACGCGGUGGAGGAGAUGUGUCCAGAGAUGCCUCGUCUAGACGUCCUGAUGAAGGACAUCAACGACAUGUCUGAGUCUGGGGCGCGCUACACAGAGAUGCCCCACGUCAUCGAGGUGGUGCUGCCCAUGCUGUGUAACUACCUGUCCUACUGGUGGGAGAAGGGCCCAGAGAACCAGCCGUCUCCGCACAGCGGGGGCAGUGUUGGGGGCAGUGUCUUCUCCACCACCGUCACCUCAGAACACCUCAGCCUCAUCCUGGGAAACAUCCUGAAGAUCCUCAACAGCAACCUGGGCAUCGACGAGGCCUCCUGGAUGAAGAGGAUCGCAGUGUACGCCCAGCCCAUCAUCACUAAGGCCAGGGCUGUUCUGUUGAAGAGUCACUUUCUGCCUACACUGGAGAAGCUGAAGAAGAAGACAGUGAAGGUGGUGACGGAGGAGGAGCUACUGAAGGCUGACAGUAAGGGAGACACCCAGGAGGCUGAGCUGCUCAUCCUGGAUGAGUUCGCUGUGCUCUGCAGAGACCUCUACGCCUUCUACCCAAUGCUCAUCCGCUAUGUAGACAACAACAGGUCGAGGUGGCUGAAAGAACCAGACGCUGACUCCAAUGAACUCUUCAGAAUGGUGGCUGAGAUCUUCAUCCUCUGGUGCAAAUCACAUAACUUCAAAAGGGAAGAGCAGAACUUUGUGGUUCAGAAUGAAAUCAACAACCUGUCAUUCCUGACUGGUGAUAGCAAGAUCAAGAUGUCGAAGUCAGGGGGUCAGGACCAGGAAAGGAAGCAUAAGAGGAAGCGAGGAGAGUUCUACUCCAUCCAGACCUCCCUGAUCGUGGCUGCCCUGAAGAAGAUGCUGCCCAUUGGACUCAACAUGUGCACCCCCGGGGACCAGGAGCUCAUCUCCCUGGCCAAGACACGCUAUAUCCUGAAAGACACAGAUGAUGAAGUGAAGGAGCAUUUGCGGCAGAAUCUGCACCUUCAAGAGAAGUCAGAGGACCCUGCAGUGCGGUGGCAGCUGAACCUGUAUAAGGAUGUGAUGGUGAAGAACGAGGGGCCUCCAGACCCUGAGAGGACCGUGUUCCGGGUCCAGAGCAUCUCAGCUGCAGUCUUUCAUCUGGAGCAGGUUGAGCAGCCGUUGAGGUCUAAGAAGUGUGUGUGGCAGAAGCUGCUGUCCAAGCAGAGAAAGCGUGCGGUGGUGGCCUGCUUCCGCAUGGCUCCUCUCUACAACCUGCCCAGGCAUCGCUCUAUUAACCUCUUCCUCCUGGGCUAUCAAAGAAUAUGGAUAGAGACAGAGACGUACUCUUUUGAAGAGAAGCUAGUGCAGGACCUGGCAACCCAACUGAAGGUGGAGGAGGAGGAAGAGGAGGAGGCAGAGAGGCAGCCAGACCCUCUUCAUCAGCUCAUCCUGCAUUUCAGUCACAAUGCGCUCACUGAGCGGAGUUCUUUGGAAGAGGAUCCUUUGUAUAUUGCAUAUGCAGACAUGAUGGCAAAGAGUUGUGCAGAAGAUGAGGAAGAGGAAGAUGAAGAAGGAAAAGAGAAAACGUUUGAGGAAAAAGAGAUGGAGAAACAGAAGACGCUGUACCAGCAGGCCAGACUGCAUGACAGAGGAGCUGCUGAGAUGGUGUUACAGAUGAUCAGCGCCAGCAAAGGUUCACUUGGGCCCAUGGUGACCUUUACCUUGAAGCUGGGCAUCUCUAUACUCAACGGGGGCAACAUAGUGGUUCAGCAGAAAAUGCUUGACUAUCUGAAGGAAAAAAGAGAUGCUGGCUUUUUCAAGAGUUUAUCAGGACUCAUGCAGUCUUGCAGUGUCCUGGAUUUGAAUGCAUUCGAAAGGCAAAACAAAGCGGAAGGUCUUGGGAUGGUGACUGAGGAAGGAUCAAUCAACGUGAGUGAGCGGGGUUCCAAGGUACUGCAGAACGAUGAGUUCACUAAGGAUCUCUUUAGGUUUCUGCAAUUGCUCUGUGAGGGACACAACAACGACUUCCAAAACUUCCUGCGGACUCAGACUGGGAACACAACCACAGUAAAUAUCAUCAUCAGCACUGUGGACUACCUGCUCCGUCUGCAGGAAUCCAUUAGUGAUUUCUACUGGUACUACUCUGGGAAAGACAUCAUGGAUGAGGCUGGCCAGCGGAACUUCUCCAAAGCCCUGGCUGUGGCCAAGCAGAUUUUCAACUCUCUCACUGAGUACAUACAGGGCCCGUGUAUUGGGAACCAGCAGAGUCUGGCCCACAGCAGGCUAUGGGAUGCAGUGGUGGGCUUCCUGCAUGUGUUUGCCAAUAUGCAGAUGAAGCUCUCACAGGACUCAAGUCAGAUUGACUUAUUGAAGGAGCUGCUGGACCUGCAGAAGGACAUGAUUGUGAUGAUGCUCUCCCUUCUGGAAGGUAAUGUUGUCAACGGAACCAUUGGCAAACAGAUGGUGGACACCCUGGUGGAGUCCUCCAGCAAUGUAGAGAUGAUCCUCAAGUUCUUCGACAUGUUCCUCAAACUCAAAGACCUGACCUCCUCGGACAACUUCAAGGAGUACGACCCGGACAGCAAGGGAGUGAUCUCCAAGAAGGAGUUCCAGAAGUCCAUGGAGAACCAGAAGCAGUACUCCCAGUCGGAGAUUGAGUUCCUGCUCUCCUGCGUCGAGGCUGACGAAAACGACAUGUUCAACUACGAGGAGUUUGUUGAACGUUUUCAUGAACCGGCCAAGGACAUUGGUUUUAACGUGGCGGUCCUGCUCACCAACCUAUCAGAACACAUGCCUCACGACGCCCGUCUAGCCACCUUCCUGGACCUGGCUGAGAGCGUAAUCAACUACUUCGAGCCCUACCUGGGCCGCAUCGAGAUCAUGGGCGGGGCCAAGCGCAUCGAGAGGGUCUACUUUGAGAUCAGUGAGUCCAGUCGUACGCAGUGGGAGAAGCCCCAGGUCAAAGAGUCCAAGAGACAGUUCAUCUUUGACGUGGUCAACGAGGGCGGGGAGAGCGAGAAGAUGGAGCUGUUUGUCAACUUUUGUGAGGACACCAUCUUUGAGAUGCAACUGGCCUCCCAGAUCUCUGAGCCUGACUCAGUGGAGCGUCUCGAGGAGGAUGAGGAGGACAGCCAGAGUGUGGAGGAGGAAGAGGAGGAGGAAGAGGAGGAGAGCAUGAUGGAGUCUCACUCAGCCUUCACAAACUCCUGUGUCUCCAUGAAGAAGAACCUGUCCAGCUUCCGCCAGCUGCUUACCUUCAAGAGCAUGCGGCGGCAGUACAGGAAUUUCAGGAAGAUGAGUGUGAGGGAGAUGGUUCGAGGGUUAUUCUCCUUCUUCUGGAAGAUAAUCACAGGCCUCUUCCGCUUCCUCUACAACCUGGUGUGGGGCUUCUUCCACAUCCUGUGGUCCUCCAUGUUUGGUGGGGGCCUGGUGGAGGGGGCCAAGAACAUGAAGGUUACAGACAUCCUGGGGAACAUGCCUGACCCCACACAGUUUGGUAUCCAUGGCGACGUGCUGGAGGCAGAGAAGAUGGAGGCGAGCGAGGCAUCGUCGGUUGCAGAGAUGGUCCAGAUGGCCCAAGGGGACAAGGCAGAGGCCGACCUGAUGGCUGAGCUGCUCAACAUUCAAACCAAGAGCCAGGGGGGCAAGCACGCAGCCGAGCCAGGUCUGGGGGACAUGGGUGAAGUGGUGGGAGUCGACGCCCCCUCUUUAGCCAGUGCCGUCAAACAGAAGAAGGCCAAGGAGGCUGCUACUAUGGAGCCUGCCAAUGGAGAUCACAAAGCCGAGCCAGAGAAGGCAGACCCAGAUGAGGAGGAGAAGAAAGACAAGGACAAAGCCAAAGAGGAGACUCCACCUGAGUCCCCACCAGAAGAGGAGAAGAAGGCCCCCAAGAAGAGACCGGGACUAAAGAAAGAGCCCCCAGAGGCCUUCAUGGCCAGAUUCUUCUCUGGCCUGGAGAUCUACCAGACCAAGAUGUUGAACUAUCUGGCCAGAAACUUCUACAACCUGCGUUUCUUAGCGUUGUUCGUUGCUUUCGCCAUCAACUUUAUUCUGCUCUUCUACAAAGUGACUGGCGAUGAAGGGGAUGACGAUGAUCCAGACCCCUGGAACGGUGGUGGAGGUACUGAUGAAGAGGAUGAUGAAGGUGGGAUGGAGUAUUUUGUCCUGCAGGAGAGCACCGGCUACAUGGCACCUACACUACGCUUCCUGGCCAUACUACACACAGUCAUCUCUUUCCUGUGUGUGGUGGGAUACUACUACCUGAAGGUGCCUCUGACGGUGUUCAAGAGAGAGAAGGAGAUCGCCAGGAAGCUGGAGUUUGACGGCCUCUACAUCACAGAGCAGCCGUCAGACGAUGACAUCAAAGGACAGUGGGACCGCCUCGUCAUCAACACCCCUUCCUUCCCUAAUAACUACUGGGACAAGUUUGUGAAACGCAAGGUGAUCAAUAAGUAUGGAGAUCUGUACGGAGCUGAGAGGAUAGCAGAGCUGCUGGGGCUGGAUAAGAGUGCUCUGGACUUCAACCCCACAGAGGAGACAGUGGUGAAGGAGGCAUCGCUGGUGUCCUGGUUGAGCUCUGUCGACACCAAGUAUCAAUGCUGGAAAAUGGGUGUGGUGUUUACAGACAAUUCGUUCCUGUACCUGGUGUGGUACACCACCAUGUCCAUCCUGGGUCACUACAACAACUUCUUCUUCGCUGCCCAUCUGGUUCUCACCUUCUCCAUUUGCUACCUGUUCCACAUGUAUGUUGGUGUGAGGGCAGGGGGUGGCAUCGGAGACGAGAUAGAAGACCCUGCGGGCGACCCCUACGAGCUCUACCGCAUCCUCUUCGACAUCACCUUCUUCUUCUUCGUCAUUGUCAUCCUGCUGGCUAUCAUCCAGGGUCUGAUCAUUGAUGCUUUUGGAGAGCUGAGAGACCAACAGGAGCAAGUGAAAGAGGAUAUGGAGACCAAAUGUUUCAUCUGUGGCAUCGGCAAUGACUACUUUGAUACGACGCCUCACGGCUUUGAAACACACACCUUACAAGAGCACAACUUGGCCAACUACCUGUUUUUCCUGAUGUACCUCAUCAACAAAGAUGAGACAGAACACACUGGCCAGGAGUCAUACGUGUGGAAGAUGUACCAGGAGAGGCAAUGGGACUUUUUCCCCGCUGGAGACUGUUUCAGAAAGCAGUAUGAGGAUCAGCUUGGAUAGUGCUGACAGACAGGACUGCAGUCCUACAGAGAGCUGCUCCAGAUCCACUCCCACUUCCUCUUAACAGCUGAGGACGGUUGGUAACCAUUCACCGCCUAUUGCCUCCUCGAAAUGUGUGAGACUGACUAGAGGAGAGGGGAGAUGCUAUCUUUCAUAUGACGGAAUAAUCAUUUUCACAUCAACAUCAAAUGUACCUCUACAUGCUACCUUUGGUACAGUGCCAACCUCCAAGAGAGUGAUUUUACCACAACCUGCCCAGACAUUUGAUUUCAGUUUGGUACUAUUUUUUCAUUGUUUUUUGACAACGUGUUGCCUUUUCCUCCACAUAAACCCAAACCAUUGCACAAAUGUUUGUCUUUUUGAGAAACACUGGGUUGUGUGGGGUUAUGGAACAACGUGUGAGUCUGGGCCCGUUGCAAUAUGCACAAGAAGACUACUUCAAUAUUUCAAGAAUGAUGAAAAUGACACUUAUGCCAAAAGAUAGGGGGAACAGAUUUAUACAGAGAGUCAAUGUGAUUUAAGAACGUUUUUAAAAUGUUGUUACAGUAUCGUGCUUGCAGAGAUGAAGUAUUGAAUAUAGAGGACUUGACAAGGUGAAGGGUUUAUUAUAUGAUGAAAUGCCUAAAUCAAGUACUGAUGAAGUGCCUUAUCUACAUUACGACACAGCUAUGCAAAACCAUGUGUUUUUCUUUCUGAGAUGGAAGUGCAGUAGUUUUCCUGGAUAGCUGUUCAGAGUCAUUUGUUUGUGGCUUAUGUUUUUCAUUUGAAAAAGUAUGAACCGUAUUGAGUUUUUUGCCAACUGCAGCGUCCUAACUGCAAACGUACAUGGUACAAAGAGUAUAAAUGACACACGUCUAAGUAUAUCACAUGUCAGAAUUUAGUAAACACCUUGAAACAAAAACAACAAAAAUAAAUUGCUAUUGUAUGGCCAUUUGUAUGUAGUAACUUUGCUGAACUGUGCAUUUUUUCUGAAGGAGAAAUAAAGAAAUGAAUGC